AUGGCGGCGUCCAGUACAGCGGGGCAUUCUCCAGAGAUAUCGACGCCGUUAAAGAUACCGAAAACCGAGGUGCCAUCCCCCGAGUCGGAGGAUUUGAGUGACGGCAAUCAAUACCACUCCAACCCCUCGACGCCGAACCGCUUCUCGCCUCUGAACGUGUGCUCGGGGACCGCGGGCCGGACGGCGGCCUCAUCCUCCUCCAACAGCUUCACGGCUUGCCGGGGGAUGUCGUGGACCCCGUCCGAGACCAACGCCCUCAUCGCGGUGUGGGGCAACGAGAGGCUGACGGAGGCGCGGAUGCAGCAGCUGGAGGUAGCGGGCACCGUGUUCUCCGGUAAGGCCCCCGGGCCCGCCAUGUACGAGCGGGUGUCCAGAGCCCUGUCGGAGCUGGGAUACGAGAGGACCCCGUCCCAGUGCAGGGAGAGGAUGAAGACGCUGCGGCGCUGCUACAGCCGCGUGAAGGAGCACGGCAUCGGCAAAAGGAAGAGCAGCUACACCAUCGAGCAGCUGGAGAAGGUGUUCGGCCAGGGAGGCUGGGACUCCCAGAGCUGCGCCCCGGUGCUGAUCAACAGCAGCGGGCUGUACCAGGAGAUGGAGUCCGACGGCAGCACCCUGGAGGACUUCUCCCAGGAGGACUGGUGCAACCAGGUGCUGGACUCGGCCUUCCAGGAGGGGGACAUGGAGACGGAAGAAAUGCAGGUGCCGAAAAGCCGAGCUCUGCAGAUUCAAAUCGAGCUGUCGGAACAAAUCCAAAAAAGGGAAACGAUGCAGACCGUCAUGCGCAUCCUGGAGUCGGUGCAGCUGAAAUGGGAGCACUUCCAGACGUGGACGGAGUUCUCGCGGCUGCACCUCUCCAACAAGCUGGCCAUCUUCGGCGUGGGCUACAACACGCGCUGGCGCGAGGACGUGCGCUACCACUACGCCGAAAUCAGCUCCCAGGUGCCGCUGGGCAAGAGGCUCCGCGAGUACUUCAACCCGGAGAAGCCCGAGGGCCGCGUCGUGAUGACCCGGGUCCAGAAGAUGAACUGGAAGAACGUCUACUACAAGUUCCUGGACAUCACCAUCAGCGAGGCGCGCUGCCUGGAGCUGCACAUGGAGGUGGACUGGAUCCCCGUGUCCCAGUCCGUGGCGGCGGGCUGCGGCAAGGGCACCUCCCACUACCUCCUCCCCGGGGACAUCCCCAAGGCGUACGGACUCUACGCCAUCGGCUACGAGGCUCCCGGCGACGGCGAAGACCGCGGCUCGGAGAACGGGGCGCCGAGUCGGGCCGACGGGGAAGCUUCGGAGACGUGGGACAGGACUGGGGGUGAAGUCACCUACUGCUACCUGGGCGUCGCGGAGGAGCGGACCAUACAGCAGAGUCUCUUCCAGCACUUCCAGGGCUCGGGCAAACACUACGCCCACAGCGAGCCGUCCGCCGUCACGCGCUUCCUGCAGGAGAACUGCCGCGGCGGGGACCGGGGCGCGGCGCGGCGCGUCGCCAUCCACGUCAAAUUCAUCGAGGUGGAGCUGGACUUCCUCUCGGCGGGCUCCCUGCUGGAGUGCCUGGAGACGGCCGUCGGCUGCCCUUUGAAAUACAACAAAGAAACGUCGUAAAAAAAUAAAUAAUUUUAAACGCAGCCGGCGCCGUUUUUGGAUCGGGCUCGAGAUCCGACGCGCAGAGCGGCGUCCGUCUGUUUGAACGCAUGGAUGUGUGCGGGAGUCCGGCUUUUGUUUGCAGCCUGUUGAACUGAUUUGUCAUCGGACCCUCGUGAAGUCUAAAAAGAGCUGCGGUUGAAGCGGAUUUAUUGUGCAGAGAUGCGGGAACGCCGACUUCAGUAUGACAGAGCUGCAGCGUCCAAGAAGUAUGUCCCUAUUAUUUAAGGCUUAUGUGCACUACAAAGGUUUCCGUUGCUCGUUUCGUGUCGAUGCGUAUUGCCUCAUCGGGGAGCGUGGGUGGGGUCGGCGAGGCGACGACGGCAGCAUGCAUCCGUCUCCCUCAGGAGGACGGAGCGAACAAGGCAGCGAGGGACCGCGGCGUGGAUUUAUUCUCAAACCGUCCUUUCCUUUGACCGUCCAGGUCUGGACCUGAACUCAGAAGCAUGGCAGAGCAGCCAGAGUCGUCGGUUUACGCCUUGUGUUUUUUUGCACGUGUUGCACCGUGCAGCUGGGGAUGCCUCCAUGCAGACGAGCGCGAGGACGAGCCCUCGACCGACGCCGAUACUCCGGGCACGCCGAGCCAGACGCGUGACGACGGCGCUGUAAAUACCGCUGACUCAUGGAAACACUGUCGAUCCGAUACCAGUGCUUCACAAACAAAAAAUAUACAUAUAUUAUUGUAUUUUGCGGAGGAGCUUUGGAUGCUAUCGCUCAUGUUAAUCAACCCCUUUUUGUAAAAACGUGAACAAAUACAAAAAAAAGUGAAUGAACGCCACUUCGUUUUGUUUUCUAGUUUGACAGUCGUAACUGGAAAAUAAUUUUUAAAAAAUGUAAAUAUUAAAGUAUAAAAAAAGUCGAGUGGAGAUGGGAGCAGCUCAGGAGAGACAGUGGGCUUCUUUCUCAUCUCCGCCGAGUGGCGCGCUGCGGUCGGGUUUGCCGGUCGGCCUUCUCACCGGCUUCGUUUCACGGUCUUUCAGAGCUCUCGGGCACAUUGGCGUGCCCGACUCGGUCUGCUCCUGCACGGGCGGUCGCGAGAUAUUGUGAAACACUGCCACACCAGUUCAGGGCGUUCAUAAUUAUGUUUCGAAUCACCGGUAUGAAGCCGAUCUGUUUUCCAGUGGACCUUCACAGUUACAUUGGGAUCCACCUGUCAACGAUUCGCUGUGUGCCAUCCUCAACAUCCACCUUUUUGGUUUCGGAAGUGCUUUAAAAAAAAAUAAGAAUCUGACGACGACAGCAUCUGUGAGUACCGGUAGGCCAACAUCUCCAUGGGUGGAGAGCAGGCCUGGGCGCCGAGCGUGAAGCUGCAGGGGUGAACUCGUCUUGGACCUGUAACUUUUAUGAAUCGGGUUCCUGGGGUGAUGUGCAAUGUGCCAGGAGAGGACUGGAGAAGAGAAGAAUCAAAAGGGAAAAGUCCAUAUUUAAUCUGUGUAUGAAAUCUACCUUAAAUAUCUAUAAUGUGUAUAUAUAUAUAAUAUAUAUAUACAUAUAUAUAUUUCAAAAAUAUCAAUGUUCUUGAGCAUUCCGGCUUUUGCAAACUUGCAAUGUUAAUUUGUUUGGGUAUACAGUAUAUGAAGAUGAAUAUGAUAUUUUCUAUUUUAUUGGUUGGCACCAUGUCUUGUAUGUGAUUGUUUUAAAGUCACCGUCUUGUCUGUUUACAUGUUUGAAAAAACAAUAAAUGGGGUGCUCACUGUCAUUUGCCACACGGUGAGAACGGGCCGGCGAGUGUUUGUGUGAGCUCACGGUGGAGAAGAGGAACAGCGGUCCUCCACCACGCCAUCGUCCAGGCUCGCCAUGUGGACGGUUCGUGCUCCGCAAGCAUCUGGA